AUGGUGACCGCGAGCCGCGAGAUGGUGAUUGCGAGCUGCGGGGAGGUGUCCGCGAGCCGCGAGGUGGUGACCGCGAGCCGCGAGGUAGUGAACACGAGCCGCGAGAUGGUGAACGCGAGCCACCGCCAGCCGCGGGGAGGUGUCCCCGAGCCGCGGGGUGGUAACCUCGAGCCUCGAGGUGAUGAUCGCGAUCUGCGAGGUGGUGACCGCGAGCAACGAGGUGAUGACCGCGAGCCACGAGGUGGUGACCGCGAGCCGCGAGGUCAUGACCAUGAGCCGCGAGAUGGUGACCGCGAGAUGGUGAUUGGGAGCCGCGGAGAGGUGUCUGCGAGUUGCGAGGUGGUGACCGUGAGCCGCAAGGUAGUGAACGCGAGCCGCAAGGUGGUGAUCGUGAGCCGCGAGAUGUUGAUUACGAGCCGCGAGAUGUUGAUUACGAGCCGCGGGGAGGUGUCUGUGAGCCACGAGGUGGUGACCGCGAGCCAUGAGGUGGUGAACGCAAGCCGCGAGGUGGUGACCCCGAGCUGCAGUGGGUUUCUUCGGACUCGUAUAUGCUUCAUUUGA